ACGUAGAACCGGAAGAAAGGGCUCUGGAGAGAGAGAGAGAGAGACCGACCUUCUCUUCUCCAGCUUUUCUUCUAUAAAUUUCAUGGCUGCUUUCUGAUCCAAACAUCGGUCUAGGUUUCUGAUCUUGGCCUCCUCCGUGUUCUUUAUUCCCUUCCCGAUUGAAGAAAGGAAUUGAUUUCUGUUGGAGGGGAAGGAAGAAAAAACAAAGAAACAAGAGAAAGAAAAAAAGAGUGUCGGUUUUCGAUCAAGAAACAGAAGGAAGAGAUGACGAUGAUUCUCUCCCGUGGAACUCUCUCCGAAAUCUGCCAUUCAAUUGAUUGUAAUACCCCACUUUAUUUUGUCUGUCUGAUUUCUUUAUGGAUUCGUUUUCUGGUACACCCAUUUUUUCAAACUAACUUUUUUUGGGAAAAUUCCAUGUGGAUUAUUUUGAUUUUGCGCGUUAGAGCUGGUGGGAUUUGGGGAUUUUGGGUUUCUUUUUUAGCGUCCUAUUUGUUGGUUAAAGAAUUGGGUUGGGGACUGGGAUCUGCUAUUGGGUGUUUUGUUGGACUUUUUUUUUUUUUUGAAAACAAAUUUGGUCUCUUUCCCCUAUUGGGCGUGUAAGAGUUCGAUCAGUUGAGUACUUUCCUAGGUUAAUUUUCCCGAUCUGAAAUCUUAAUCUUGGAUUAUUUCGAGCAAAGGAAAUUGUGGGGAACAGAUUCUGACACGGACUAGAAGGUCUAAAUUAAUCCUCGUCUUGUUCCGAAUCUCUGAAUUGGGGAGGACCGUUGAAUCUCUAUUUGAUUUUUUGAUGGGGGUUUUGUAUUUCUGAAUACCCAAUUUGUUGUACCGUCUGAUGCGGGUGUUUCAGGAUGUUUGGUAUAUGUGAUUCUAAUUGAAUCUGCACCUAAAUGACCUCCUUUUUAAGUCCUUGGACGGUUUCGAAAUUCACGGAGUUAGAUUGGUAGAAUACGUUCGGGAAUACAAGAUUUAGUUUCUAGGCUUGUCUUAGAGAAUUUGUUGAGGAUAUCUGUCCCAAUAUCAUGCCAGGCGAACAUUGGAUCUGACAGCAUCCUGAUCCUGCCUGUUCAAUUUGUUUGAUUUCUGCCUUUUUAGUGGUGAUCCAGGGAGCAGAUUAGAUCAGAAUUUGGUGGUUUGCUAGCAAAUCCUUGGUUAAUUUCAUCUGCUUUUGAUUUUUUUUUUCUGUAGGCUGGUUCUCUAGUCACCCGCCCUCUUCCUCGUGCAGUCUGCUGUAGGCAAUAUCUGCUUUUAUCAUUCCUUCACCCUUUUGCAACCUGCUGGUUUCAUUCAUGCUUUUCUUACUUCCAUUUUCUGUGGGGCUUGUCACUUUUGGCGACCAGUACCUUUUACCGUUUCCUUUUUUUCUUCAUUUUCAGUUUGAUCUGACGAAUGAUGUUGGUUCUGUUGUGCUAUGUUAAUCUUUGGAUGAUUUAUCAAUGACGAUCACCCUUGUUCCAGUCCCACUGCAGGAUUGAGGACAGUUUGCUGAUUUUGCUGUGGGGCGUCACUAAGCAUUAAACUUUAGUGCCAGAGUCUGCUUGCAAUUCGAUAUCUGUAGAACACUGGAAUAUUAGGUUAAAGUAUUGGAAGCUUUCAGCAUUUGUCAGGAUUUGGAUAAGCUUUUGAAUAUCAAAACAAAUCAACAUCAACUGGCUUUUUCUUACACGUAGAAGAAGUUCUGAAUUGCUGUUUUACAAUUUCAAGUAAAAGUAAGCAAGUAAAGUUCAAGAAUCCUGUUGUGGUACAGCAGAGGUGGGAUGUCUGAUAUUGAAGCAAGCAAACUGGCUAAUGCACAAGUCUUUGCUAUGCACAAGGAGUGGGACGAUGCUUCGUGUCCAAUCUGUAUGGACCACCCGCACAAUGCUGUUCUGCUUAUCUGCAGCUCCUUUGACCAGGGCUGCCGGUCUUACAUGUGUGACACAAGUUACAGACAUUCCAAUUGCCUUGACCGUUUUAAAAAAUUGAGAGCCAACUCUGAUGGCUCUAAUAAUGAUGAAGGUCGUGGGCAUCACCAGAGGUCUCCUAGUGAAAAUCAUUCUGAGGAACCUUCUGAUGGUGCGAGGAUGAGAGGGAACCCAUCUUCGGACCUGCAAGAAUCAUCACAAAAUGCUGGAGUUCCAGUUAUUUCGACAGAAGCUGAUAAUGAGAUAGCGAGGAGCAUUGCUGGUCAUGACUCAUAUGGUCAACUAAAAUGCCCACUUUGCAGAGGUACAGUGCAUGGCUGGAAGAUUGUCAAAGAAGCAAGGGAAUAUCUUGAUCUAAAGCCAAGGGCCUGCUCCAGGGAAUCAUGCUCCUUUGUUGGGAAUUAUCAUGAACUGCGGAGGCAUGCGAGAAGAGUUCAUCCAUCUAUCCGUCCAGCUGAUGUUGACCCAUCAAGACAACGUGCUUGGCGGCACCUUGAGCAUCAAAGAGAGUACGGUGACAUUGUAAGUGCCAUCAGGUCAGCCAUGCCUGGUGCCAUUGUGCUUGGGGACUAUGUGUUGGAUAAUGACAACGGGCAAUCACUGUAUCGGGAAGGUGCAGCUGCGGAAGGUACCGAGUCAGGACCGUGGUGGACUACUCUAUUUCUGUUCCAUAUGCUUGGACCAGUUGGCAACCGUGAUGAGCGACGGGGGUCUUCGCGGUCAUGGAGAAGACAUCGAAGAUCUUCGGGUGGAGACUCCCGUCGGCGCUAUCCAUGGGGCGAGCGGCUGCUGGGGCUGUAUGAGGAUGAAGAUGACUGGAAUUCAGCUAGUGAUGCUGCUGAAGAUUUCUCAACGCCACGGAGGCGUAGGCGAUUCACACGCCCAAGGAAUGAUGAUGAGCAGCCAUGAUACAUUUAGAUACCUCUCUAUCCUUGUGUCGAGCUGGUCAUGUUCUCAAUUGUACAUAAUUAUUUAUUAACUAAUGAACUCUGGAAGUUGGAAACUGAAGUUUAGUUGACACUUGCCUGGUAUUGGUUUCUUCUUUA